AUGCGUCUUCUUCAUUUUUCUAUAUCCAUUUUCCUUUUGUUUGAAUCAAAAUCUUGUCAAAAUAUCACUGCUAGGCCCCUCAUCCGUGUCGGUAUAGCUGCAGUCUUGAAGACUCAAAACGGUUCGAUCGGUUGGGGAUACACGGGCGGUGCAGUACCUCUGGCGUUGCAGUAUUUAAAAGGACACGGCUAUUUGAAGGAUUUUGAUUUCGAAUUCCACGUGGAGUACACCGAAUGCGAUCUAUCAACCGUUGUGAAAGCAGGCAUUUCAUUCAUGAAAACUAAUGAUUACGAUGUAGUCAUUGGUCCUCCUUGCGCUCCUGCUCUCAAAAUGAUGGGCACCCUGUCUACGCUCUAUAAGAAACCAGUGCUUGGAUGGGGGUUUGUGACUGAAUCUGAGUUUUCGGAUAUGUCAAGAUUCCCAUAUGUUACAUCGGUGCUGCCGAGCUCAGAGACCCUUGGCGUCGUCGUCUGGAAACUUCUGGAACUAUACUCCUGGGAACGUAUCGCUUUGCUCUAUUUCAAAAACGAGUUCAAUUACUGUCAAUCUACUAUCCUCGACGUGGAAUCUUUGCUAUACCAAGAAAAUAUGUCUCAGACGGUGCGAGUGGUCGUAAAAAAAGAAUUGGACAAAAAAAACCCCGAUAGCUUCAACAAUACCCUACAGUUGGUCAAAUCAAAAGCGAGGGUAAUCCUCUGGUGUGCUCAAACCGGUGUCGAGAAACGUCACUACCUGAUUCAAGCUGCACGCCAACAAAUGAAUACCAGUGAAUACGUUCAUGUGAUGUUAUCGAUGAGAAGUGUUGGUUUUGGAGUCCAUUCAGCGGUCGGCAAGAAGCUCUUAACACAAACCGGCCUACCGCCAGUGUGGGAAUCCUUCCAACUCGAGCCAGAUGGAUUCGAGGACUUGGCAAAGAGUACAGCUGCGAAAAUGCUUGUGAUAGACACCAACAGUGAAGUGCGUGACAAAGGAUUUCUGGAAUUCAUGACCAAGAAUAUAGUUUAUGCAGUGAGAGAACCACCAUUGAGUUGUACGGCUCCGGAAUGCUUGGCUGCGAAUGGGACGUUCAUGGGCGCCUACGCACGUCAUCUAUUUGACGUCUUCUAUAUGUACGGCUUAGCAGUGUCUAGCCUGAACUCCACGGACCCCAAAGUGUAUCGUAACUUGUCAUUAUUGACUCCUCAGUUCACAACGGCAUUUGAUGGAAUGACGGGACUGGUCACGCUAAACGAUGAGUUGUCACGGAUGCCAUUGUACCAAGUGUAUGCGUUGAAUAAUGAUUAUGACCAGAUAUCGCUUAUGAAUAUCAGUUUGGUCAAUGGAAGUGCGAGAGUCACUCUCGCCUACAAAGAUGAGCCCACCGAUGUCUGGCACUUUUGGGGUGGCGUCCGCCCCCUAGACACUCCGAUUUGCGGGUUUCUCGGAAAAACCUGCCCGAUCCCGUUUUUCGAUCAAUACCGUAUCCUGAUAAUCGUCGCCGUGACAGUAACAGGCCUCCUGAUACUAGCUAUUUUCACGUGCCUCACUUCCAUGAUAAGGAAUCGAUGUGCCGAGCAAGAACGCCUAAAUUCCGAGUGGCAGAUCCAUGCGAUCAAGUUGAGACUCCCAAAAAUGAACAAUCAUCGGAGAAAGUCGGUUUUAUCAGCGGAUUCUGAAGAGGAAUUUGAAGAUGAUAACGUCUCCGGAAGCACUAGGAAUUCAGGAAUCCGUAAAUUCAAUGAGAACUAUGUAAUACAGAUUCUGGAGAACGACCUAGUCCUAACGACUGUUCAUCAGACACAUGAGCUUACUAACCUCGAAAAAUUGAAACUAGUGAAACUUAGAAAACUGGAUGACGAGUAUCUGAACAAGUUCAUCGGAUUAUCGAUUGAUGGGUCGAGAUGUAUGGCGGUGUGGAAGAUGUGUCCGAGGGGAUCGCUGCGAGAUAUCAUAAUGAAAGGAAACUUCUCGAUGGACUAUUUCUUUAUGUUUUGUAUGAUUAGGGAUGUGGCGGAGGGCAUGAACUACCUGCACAAAAGUUUUCUGCGUCUUCAUGGAAGGCUCCGCUCUGCCAUAUGCCUUGUGAAUGAGAGCUGGCAAGUGAAACUAUCGGAUUACGGUUUGGAUUUUUUGGUAGAUGAGGAGGAGAGACCAGCGAAGAAACGAUUGCUCUGGGUGGCUCCAGAAGUACUAAGAGGAUCAUUGACGGUUAGUCAGAUGGCACCAAGUGUGGAUAUUUAUUCUUUUGCUAUAAUUGCUUCGGAGAUUUUAACGAAAAAAGAGGCAUGGAACUUGCAUAAGAGGAAGGAGGGUUAUCAAGAAAUAAUCUACGCCGUAAAGAAGGGCGGUAGAGAUGUGCUUCGCCCGGAUCUUCACACCGACCCAGACGUGAAUCAAACCCUAAUCGCUUUGGUCAAAGACUGUUGGUCGGAGAAUCCAGACGACCGUCCGUCGGCUGAAACUAUCUGUAAUAUUAUACAUGAAAUGACACCGAAGACGAAAGAUAAUCUGAUGGAUCAUGUAUUUGCUAUGCUUGAAGAGUAUACGGCUAGUCUGGAGGUGGAUAUUCAGGAGAGGACGAAAGAGUUGUCCGUGGAGAAAAAGAAGUCGGAUAUCCUUCUGAGUAGAAUGUUGCCAAAACAAGUAGCGGAACGCCUGAAAGCCGGUCAAGCCGUAGAACCGGAAACUUUCGACAUCGUCACCGUUUUCUUCUCGGAUCUUGUCAAGUUCACCAAUCUGGCUUCAAAGUGUACUCCAUUUCAAGCGGUAGAAUCCAUCGGAGAUGGUUACCUCUGUGUGUCCGGAUUGCCUAUAAGGAAUGGUGUGAAUCAUAUAAGACAAAUCGUGGAGAUGUCCCUUCGUUUCAUGGAGUUUUGUCAGAAAUUUCGAAUUCCUCACUUACCGAGAGAACGUGUAGAGCUAAGGGUUGGGAUUAACAGUGGCCCAUGCGUCGCCGGUGUCGUCGGUCUUUCGAUGCCCCGCUACUGUCUAUUCGGUGACACUGUGAACACGGCGUCCCGAAUGGAAUCGAACGGAAAACCAUCGCUAAUCCACAUGACAGAAGCCGCGCACACCCAACUGACCAAUAGUUUUCCGUAUCAAUACGAGACUCGGUCUCGUGGAGAGGUGAUAAUCAAGGGGAAAGGUGUCAUGGAGACUUUUUGGCUGAUUGGCAAGGCGAGUAUGAGUGAUAGAUCGACUCCGCCAGUUUCCCAAGUCAAAAAGAUUUCCCAGGAAGGUAUGAGUAUCACUGAUACCGACGAUCAGGUGUAUUCGAUCUGUUAG